AUGGCUGUAUGCGAUUAUACAAUUUCACAGCACCAUAGGGUGAUCGCUCCUACUGGUGGGAUUCAUCUUCCAAUCAAUGUAACGGGCAAUAUACCCAACUACAAACGCCUUAACGAGGUGCCUAUUAUCAAGUCAUGUGAAAUCGCCCUGGGAAUACGCGAUGUCUGCCUUCAGCUCAGGAUCCCCCAUUACGAGAUUAUCCCUCUCGAUCCAGCUCCCCCAUCGGCUGUCAUCUAUUCCCACGCCAACUUCAAGGCUUCCAUCCAACCGGAAAAAGCCAGUGAUACCAAAGACUUCUAUGAAAGAUGCUUUGCCGAAGCUGCGGCGAUCAACCUGUUUUUCCCCGAUGUACGAUCGGAAAGCAUCCGUAUACGUAUGACCGCGUGGCUGGCUGCGAAUUGUGCGGCGGAUGACAUACUUGAGUCUAUGCCACCAGCUGCCGCCACGUUUUAUUUGAAAGAGGCAAUCUUGAAUCUUCAAGGAAAGAAAUCAAACGUCUCUCCAACAAACAAAGUGGCGUCAAUCCUUUGCUUCUUUCAAGAAUAUUGUAUUCAGCAACUUGACCUAUGUGAAAGCACUGCCCGUGAACUCAGCGAUGAUAUAUGCGAUAUGUGUUAUGGCUUGAUUGACGAGCUCCUAUUUCGGCAAGGUAUAUUGCCCAACAACCUGGAAACCUAUCUACAGUUCCGCGGCAGGACGAUGGGGAUUCACCCAUUUUUCACUCUGAUCCGAACACUACACGAACCAGUCGAAGAAGAAUAUCUUAUUGGCCUCCGAAAUCUGCAGAAGGGGGUUAGUUCAAUUCUAGGGCUGCAGAACGACCUCGUUGGCCUAGAGAAAGAUCGUCGAAAUGGCGAGACCAUGAAUGCAGUCUUAGUAUCCUUAAAGGAACAAGCGGGGAUGCAUUUCGAUGACAUGGAUAUGAUAUUGCCAAGGACGAUUCAAGAUGUGUGCGAUAUCCACAAUCUUUGUGUGUCAGCUGCAGUGGAGAUGUACGAAGGACUCCAGGUCUCACUAAACGGGAAUACCCACGACCCAAUUCUUGAGACAGAAAUUUUGGCAUUUGCAGAUACCCAUCUGAAAUGGUGCGCGUCAUCUAAGCGAUACCAGGCAAAGGUAGAAUAG